ACCAAAUUACCCAGCCUUUUUAUUCUCUCUGCCUCCCCAUUCCUCUCUUCAUCCAUCCAUCCAUCCAUCCCUCUCUCUCUCUCUCUCUCUCUGCCUGCCUCUGAGAUCGAGGAGCAGCCAUGUCGUUCCGAAUGUCAAGUGCAUCUUCUGGGAUGGGAGUAGCUGACCACAGCAAGAAUACAUUUCUUGAACUGAAAAGGAAGAAAGUGCAUCGAUAUGUGAUAUUUAAGAUUGAUGAAAAGAAAAAGGAGGUGGUUGUUGAGAAGACAGGAGCUCCAGGGGAGAGCUAUGAUGAUUUUGCGGCUGCAUUGCCGGAGAAUGAUUGCCGAUAUGCUGUCUAUGAUUUUGAUUUUGUCACUGAUGAGAACUGCCAGAAGAGCAAGAUAUUUUUUAUUGCAUGGUCUCCUUCCAUCUCCCGCAUCCGUGCUAAGAUGCUGUAUGCCACAUCUAAGGAUAGAUUCCGACAGGAGCUUGAUGGCAUCCAUUACGAGAUUCAGGCCACUGACCCCACAGAGAUGGAUUUGGAUGUGCUCAGAGACCGUGCAAACUAAGUCGAUCCAGUUGCGCAAACUUUUGUUGCGACAAACAGUUUGAUCUGGGCAUCCCAUCCUCAGGUGUGGUUGAUUAUGUGCAUUGUCUCGUUCAAUGCACAAUUGGUUAUUUGAAUAAAUAGAUCUCUACACCUGGAAGGGCUGAUGGAAGAGCUACCUUGGUUAAAUAGAUAUUAUCUUAGAUGUCUGAAGUGUGUGCUCCUCUAUUUGAAAGAUUUUUCUCAGUUAGAGGGCUUUGGUUUUGUUAAAUGACUCGUGCUCAGAAGUAUCUGGAAACAAUCUUGUCCAACAUUUCAUGUUUGCUUUGUUGCUGUGGUGGUGGUUUGCUUAUUA